UGGACUGAAUCCACUGAUGUCCUUGAAUGUGCACAGGGCAUUUUGAGUAUUUAUAUACCCUGCUUAUUUCUUGUUAACUAAAUAUCUACUCAAAGAUCGUCAAUAUCUGAGGACAAGAUGAGAAGAAGCAAGGCCCCAUCCUCCAGGAGAGCUGAAAUCCAGCAGCUGCACCAGUGCUACGCCUUAGGCCAGACGACUUUGCCUGCCUGUGCCCUCCUCAGGUUCCUUCGCAAGGAACAGAUGGAGCUCAAAGCAAAUGAGGAGACGGCAGAGAGUUUGAUUGAUAGAUAUGAGAUUGAAGAGACAGCCAGAGAAAGCAGGUCCAUGACGUUUGAAGGAUUCCUCAGGUACAUGGAGUCUAAAGAUUGCUGCAUAUUCAACCAGGCCCACACAGCUGUGUACCAAGACAUGGACCAGCCUCUCACCAGUUACUUCAUCUCCUCAUCACACAACACCUACCUGACUGGACAUCAGCUAGUAGGAGAGAGUGACCUGGAUGCCUAUGUUUGUGCUCUGAGGAAAGGCUGUCGCUGUCUGGAGAUUGACUGCUGGGAUGGGCCAGAUAUGGAGCCUGUAGUCUACCAUGGCUACACCCUGACCACCAAGAUACUCUUCAAGGAUGUUAUCACGACUGUGAAGCAACACGCCUUUGAGGUGUCUGCUUACCCAGUGAUCCUGUCUUUAGAAAACCACUGCUCCAAGGAGCAGCAGGAGGUAAUGGCCCAGUACCUCAUCUCCAUCCUUGGGGAGAAUCUACUGAGAACUCCCUUGGAUCACUUGACCACUGGAGACCUCCCAAGCCCAAAUGACCUGAAGUAUAAGAUCCUCAUCAAGAAUAAAAAGCUAAAGCCUCACAUAAAGACAGAGGGAGAGGAGAGUGUAGAUGAGGGUGAGGAGGAGGAGGAAGAGGAGGACGAUGAGGAGGAUGAGGAACAACAAACCAAAGCAAAGUUUUGGUCUCCCAGAAAGGCAGGGUCAAAGAUUAAACAGAAGAAGAAAGUGGUGGUGGCAGAGGCUUUAUCUGACCUGGUCAUAUACACCAGGUCUGUCAAGUUCGUCAACUUCAGUCACUCCACAGACAAUCAGAACUACUUUGAGAACACAUCUAUGACAGAGAAGAAAGCUCGGAAGCUGGCCAAAGCCUCAGGUGCAGAUUUUAUUCAGCAUAACCAGAGGUUCCUCAGCAGGAUUUACCCAGCAGGUGUAAGGACGUCUUCGUCCAACUACAACCCCCAGGAGUUUUGGAACGUUGGUUCACAGCUCGUGGCUCUCAAUUUCCAGUCCCUGGGCUUUCCUAUGGACCUUAAUGAUGGCCGUUUCCAGGACAACGGGGGCUGUGGAUACGUCCUGAAGCCGACGUUUCUCUUGUCCAGACAGAGGAGCUCUGAUCCCAGCUGCAGCCAGCGCAGCCUCAAACCCACACACCUGCUGCUCAAGGUGAUCAGUGGAUCCAACCUGCCUGUACCCAGGGGUGGCAAAGCUCUGGAUCUCUUUGUCAGAGUGGAGAUUCAUGGGGUUUCCUCUGACUCCCGCAGAAAAAGCACACAUACUGUCAAAAACAACUCUCUGAGUCCUCACUGGGAUACCGACAUGAACUUCAACAUCAGCGUCCCUGAGCUCUGCCUCAUCCGCUUCUGUGUCCGUGACCAGCUCGGCCUUCUCAGCAGUGAUUUUAUUUGUCAGUACACCCUGCCCUUCACCAGCCUGAAGAAAGGCUACCGAUGGGUGCCUCUCCGGUCCCGAGAUGGAUGCAGCCUGGAUCCAGCCUCCCUCUUCGUCUUUGUUUGGUAUUCCUAAAAACAGCUCUCUGUAUCACACUCACACAGUUCGCCAACAGAUAGAAAAGCGUGGCUGAUGCAGCAACAACAACAACAAAGAUAUAUAAAUAAAUCAAAAGCACCAUUUCCUCAGAUAUAAAUACCAGUUUUAUUGUCAGAAAAUAGAUGUGGCUUUUCUCUGCUGCCUGCACUGUGCGCUGCAGAGGAAAAGACCAGAAGGCUCCAGCAGGGCUGAAAAGACACUCUGACGACGAAAAACUAUGUGCUGGAGAAAUCCCUGGAGUGGGAUAUUAGAUUCUUAUCACAGGUUUAAUAAUUAAUCCAAGUGUAAUUAUUGUGGUCGAGCACAACAACACAGUGUUGUUUCAGGUUAAUCAUCUAUUCCAAAACAAUUCUUCUAUUAGGUCUGAAACCGAUGAGUGAUUCCAGGAUGUAUUAAUACUCCAUGAGUACUACUAUGAAAGAAUAGCAGCCAGUUUUUUCCUCCAAGAGAGACCCGGCAGGGAAUAAUAUAAAUAGCAUUCACAGAGGUAUACAUUAUUGAACAAGAUCCAGUGCAAGGAGGUCUAUUUCUAUCCGCGUUCAUCAUUAAAUCCUGUGAAUGAGGCGGAGGAGAGUACGGGUCAGCGGGCCUGUCAGGA